AUCGUGUACCGCUGGCUUUAUACUAUGACCAACUGUGACUGUGUUUCGAUCGAUGUGGAUUCGGGCCGACAUGGUUUAUUACACGAUGAAUUGUUUAAGUUUAACAUUAACGACUUUUAUACUUCUUUUACCCAGGGAAAGCCGGCGUGAUCCAUCCUCAGUUUAAAUGUGCGACAUAUUGAAAUGACUAACAUACGCGGACUUCGAGUCUCGUUAUGGUUCUGGUUUGACGUGUUGCUACGUGUCUUUCUGGCAGUGCUAUUCGUAAUGCUGGAUUUGAUGGCUUUCAGGGAGCUGGAAAAAGCAGAACCAUUUACACGAAAAAUUCAUGAAGCAGAAUUAUGGCUAUACACAAAUCCGAGGACAGAAUCUUUCGUCCCAACCACAAUAUUAUGGCCUCUUGUGUUUAUGAUGCCGAUUGUCGUUAUUUGUUUCUUUUUCACAAUGCACAAAGACAAAGUCGAUCUUCAGCAGUCAGUAUUGUCUGUAACAUUAGCCUUAGGAGUUAACGGUCUUAUUACAGACAUUUUAAAACUUAUAGUAGGUCGUCCGAGACCAGAUUUCUUCUGGCGGUGUUUCCCGGAUGGGCAAAUGAAUCCAGGAUUUAAAUGCACUGGAGAUCCGGUUGUUGUUAGGGAUGGAAAGAAGUCAUUUCCAAGCGGACAUUCCUCAUUUGCGUUCGCCAGUUUUGGCUUCAUCGCUCUAUAUUUAGCCGGAAAGUUGCACACAUUCAGUCUGGCGGGAAAAGGACAAUCGUGGAGACUUUGCAUGUUUCUUUUGCCGCUUUGCGUCGCUUUAACUAUUGCAUUAAGCAGAACGUGCGACUAUCACCAUCACUGGCAAGACGUGGUGAUGGGAUCAGUAAUAGGCUACUGCUUAACGUAUGUCUGCUAUAGACAUUAUUACCCUCCGUUAGAUUCGCCGUAUUGUGACAAACCAUACGUUGCGCUUACGUUACAAGUGCAGGCGGACACCGCCAAGUCUAACAAGAACGAGCAAAUUAAAUGGAUAUAAAAAAGUCAAAAUUAUUACUGAAUAUGUGCCGUAUAUAGUAUUUUAAACAGUACUUAAUACUUUUGUUAAAAUCUUUGAGAUUUGUAUAUUUUGUGUAUCGAUAUAUGUAUACAUCUGAAUAAAUGUACGCCAUACAGAGAUGAA